UGACUGGCGACACUGAUCUCUAGCUGCUGUUGUGUGUGUGCGUUCGUGUGCGCGACGAAAAAAUAUAAAAUCGUAACGAGCAGAGGAGAGGAGAAAAAAACGUGUGAAAACUACAUAAAAGAACAAGAAAGCGGCGCUGUCGUCCAUUUUAACGCCUUCUUCGUCGUCAGUGUUCGUUGUCGUCGUGUCUUCGUCGUCCUUGUUUCAUUUUGUGAUCAUCAUACGUCGUACAACACAACAACAACUACCGCUACAAGAACAGCAAGAUCAUCACUCAACAUCAUGCAAUAUCCCACGCUUUAAGAAUUCGUCAACCUCGGAAGGAUCAGAGAGGAUAUAGAGAAACCAACCAAAAAAAAAAAAAAACGCAAGCAUACAUUUAAAAAAAAAAACGAAAAGAAACUAAAACCAAACCAACAGCAGAAAGGAGGCUCGCAAAUAUGUAUAGAAAUUUGCAAUAAUUAUAAGGAAGCAGGAAGAAGGAAGCCGGAACCAGGAACCAGGACGCUGGAAGCAGGAGGAGAGGACCAGUACCAUACCAAACAGCCAAAAGAGAGCUGCGAGAAACGGUAAAUCCGGGAGAGCUCGCCAACCGUCGUAUGUGUGUUGGGUUUUUGUGUGUGUGCGUGUGAGCACGUAUAUCGUAUAUCGCUCUGUCCCACUUUUGUCGUCUACGAUUUUGAAAGCAAGGCAUCGAAGCCAGUCUCACUGGAAAGCUCUCCUCCGGCUGUCGAUCACACGCUUUGCCCAUUAUUGCCCUCUCAAGGAUCAAGGAAGUCCUGGAUCUUAAUUAGCACAGGUCGCAGGAGACCAAUUGGCAUGGCUCUCUCGCAAGAGCGGCAGGACAUCAGGGAGCAGCAGCAGCACCAGUAGCAGGAUCAACAGUAAAUAGCUUGGAUCAAAACGAAAGGAUAAAGUGUGAAGGAUAUCAAGAAAGGAUUAACUAGAGACGGAAACCAAACCAAAAAGGAACUUAAAACAGGAUUACCAAUUAGUGACAUCGAAUCUAAAAAAAGAAGCUUAACAAGAAAGAAGGAUAAUGGCUACCACUUUGGAGGAGCCUGUCCCCACGGCUGUGGACGUGGGGGAGGAGUCGUGUGGCACCGCCAACGGCAAUGCCAGCAUUAGCUUGAAGAGCGUGCUCAGCGACGACACCUCGUCGUCGUCUGUCCUGGAGGACACGGAUGUCAACACGAGCAGCAGCAGCUCCGCCAGCUGCAGCAGCAGCUCGUCCAGCUCUAGCAGCAGCAGCUCGGGCUUGUGCUCCGGUACGGAUACCGACACUGGGAAAGGUAGCAGCAAUGUGGGCAUCCUGGAUGUGACCAAUGUGAGCACGUCGAGCAACGCAUCGAUGGUCUCCAUCACCUCCUCGGUGUCUACCGCGGGCUGUAGCGCCGCCUCGAUUAUGGCCAACUCGAGCUCUUCCUCGGGAAUUGAGCUCGGUCUCGUGGUGGACGUGGACAGCUCCGGGAGCAGUCAGGAGCUGAGCAGCCACGGCGUCACCGAGCUAGACUCGCUGGAGGACUCGUGCAAUGGGCUGAUCAAGGAUGGGGAUAAAUUGUGCAAGUUGUGCAGCUCACGUCUGGUGAUGCCACGCAUCCUGUCGUGUCUGCACGUCUUCUGCGAGGAUUGCCUGCAGGCACUGGUCUCGAAGGAUGGCUCGUCGGUGGCGGCCAGUUCGCCGACCAGUUGCUCUUCGUCCUCAUUCGAUGGCGGCAGCGAUCGCCUCAACGCGUUGAUUCUCGAGUGUCCUGUUUGCAAGCAGGCCACUCCGUUGGGGCCCAAGGGCGUCAAGGGCCUGACCUGCGACUACAUUGUGACGAAUAUACUCGACCUAUCCAAUCUGGAGUCGGAGCAUAUUGCCUGCACCUCCUGCAAGAGCAAGGAGGAGGCCAUAUCGAGGUGCAACGACUGCGCCAACUUUCUGUGCAACGGAUGCGACAAUGCGCACAAGUACAUGCGUUGCUUCGAAAACCACCAGGUGGUCCGCAUCGAGGACCUGCAGAAGAACGUCCACGACAAGCUAAUCAUUCACAAGCCGGUGUGCUGUCGGCAGCAUGUGAGCGAGAAUCUCAAGUACUACUGCUUCACCUGCCAGGUGCCGACCUGCAACGACUGCCUGCUCAGUGACCACAAGGGCAGCGACCAUCACUAUGAGACGGCCACCGUGGCCGAGCAGGCGGUGCGUGCCGAUCUGGAGCACACGCUGGGCGAGACACUGAAGAAGGCCGAUUAUUGCAACGAAGCAGGUGGCAACCUCGGCUCUGCCCUGACCGAGCUCCAGUCGCAACAUGACUCUGUCCGCCAGCAGAUCGAGGACACUUACAAGAGCUACAAGCGAAUGCUGGAGGGGGUCAAAGAGGGGCUGCUGAACGAACUGAGCCACCUGCACUCGGAGAGGGAAUUGAAGAUCAUGGACUUGAUGCAGAGCCUGGAGAAUAAUAUGGGUAAAUUGCAGCAAGCUGCACAAUUUGGUCAGCGAGCUAUUGAUAAAGCCAAUGCCAUAGAGUUCCUGUUGCUCAAGCCGGUGAUCCAUGCCCAGUGUUUGAAUCUCAUGGAGGAGACGCCCAAGUGCGACGUCAAUUACCAGCUGCAGUUUGAUUCGAAGCCGGAGAAGUUUGAGCAGUUUGCCCGCGAGGUAUUCGGCAAGUUCCAAACGGAGCAGAGCACCUCCAGUCCCAAGAAGGGUGCCAUGGCGUUGGUCCAGCAGCAGCAGCAGCAACCGUCGGCCCAGCAACUCCAGCAGCAGCAGCAUCAUCAGCAGGUGCAGCAGCAGCAGCAGCAGCAGGUGCAAGUGCAGCACCAACAGCAGGUGCAGCAAGCGCAGCAGCACCAGCAACAGCAACUGCAACAGCUGCAACACCACCAGCAGCAACAGGCCCAGGGCCCCAACAACCUGAUUGUGGGCCACCGCGGAAGCUCCUCUGUCCAGGGCCGUCUCAGCUCGGCGGUCUUCAGUCCCAUAUCGCUGCCCUCGUCGCUGCAGAGCUCCUUCGACGGGGACACCAACUCUGUGAUGACCACCUUCUCGAUGAUGGACUCGCCGCCGCAGCAGCAGGCGCAGCAGCAACAACAGCAGCAGCAGCAGCAAUCCCAGCAGCAACAGCAACAGCAGGCGGUGGUGCUCCACCAGCAGCAGCAGCAACAACAACAGCAGCAGCAGAAGCACCAACAGCAUCAGCACCAGCAGCAGCAGCAGGUUCUGCACCAGCAGGCUCAACUGGUGGCGCCCCAAAACAUUGUCCAGCAGGCUGGACACGUCAACCUCAAUGCCGGACCCGGUCCGAAUCUGACCAUCAAUGGAUUGGGAGCCGGCGGACCGCCUCCCAGCUUCAGCAUGCUGGAGUACAACAUUUCGCGGCUGGCCAGCCUCACAGAGCCAAUGCCCGAGACCCUGGGCGAUGCUCUGGCCGUUGGCGGUGCUGGCAGUGGUCCGGGGACCAGUGUGGCUCAAGUGGCCGGCGGCGCUCCGGUUACGGGCGGCCCGGUCGUGGGAGCCCCCCAUCCCCAUCAGCAGCAACAGCAGGCAGUGAUUCCGGCGUCCGCGGUGACCCCCACCCAGCCCAUCACCCUGGCUGACAUCCUGUCCGGCGACCAGAGGGCUCUCAACAAUCUGCAGGCCCUGGCCAAGCUGGGAUUGAACAACAACGAUGAUCUUUUGUCGAGCGGAAGCUCAACGGGAAUUGAUUUUUUAUCAGAUUUCUGCCUACCAGCGGCCCCCUCGCCCAGCCUCAAUCCAAUUGUGGGUGGCGUUGAGGAUAUAGGACUCAACAAUUUCCAUGCCGUGGCACCACCCGGCACCACCAGCGUCGUUACGGGCCGCAACAAGGCCACUCCAAUGCAGAUCCGCUGCAAAUUCGGCUCCCUGGGCACCGCCAAGGGCCAGUUUAACUCGCCCCACGGCUUCUGUCUGGGCGUCGACGAGGAGAUCAUCGUCGCGGACACCAACAACCAUCGCAUCGAGGUCUUUGACAAGAUGGGCGCCCUCAAGUUCCAGUUCGGCGUCGCUGGCAAAGAGGAGGGCCAGCUCUGGUAUCCACGCAAGGUGGCCGUCAUGCACAACAACGGCAAGUUCGUGGUGUGCGACCGCGGCAACGAGCGCUCCCGGAUGCAGAUCUUCUCCAAGUGCGGUCACUUUAUGCGCAAGAUUGCCAUUAGAUACAUUGACAUCGUGGCAGGAUUGGCUGUCACCGCCAAGGGUCACAUCGUGGCCGUGGACAGUGUCUCGCCCACCGUCUUUGUGAUCUCGGAGGAGGGCGAGCUGGUGCGCUGGUUCGAUUGUAGCGACUAUAUGCGCGAGCCCUCUGAUAUUGCCAUAAGAGACAACGACUUCUAUGUUUGCGAUUUCAAGGGCCAUUGUGUGGCCGUUUUCCAGGACGACGGAACAUUCCUCUAUCGCAUUGGCAACGAGAAGGUCACCUGCUUCCCCAACGGCAUCGACAUCUCGAAUGCCGGGGACGUGCUCAUCGGGGACUCGCACGGCAACCGAUUCCAUGUGGCCUGUUACUCGCGCGAAGGCGCCCUCCAGUCCGAGUUCGAGUGCCCACAUGUCAAGGUUUCCCGCUGUUGCGGCCUGAAAAUCACAUCCGAGGGCUAUGUGGUGACCCUCGCCAAGAACAAUCAUCAUGUUCUGGUCUUGAACACCCUCUAUGUUCACUGAUUGCAAAUCAAAGCG